AUGACCUCUGGUGAGCAACCUUGUUAUUCGUUAAUUAACGUGCCUAAUGAUGUUGAAUUUCCUUCCGAGGCACAAUUGAAAGAUAAAUUUGAACAUGCGAAAACUGAGGCUUUGAAAAAAUUAAUUUUAAUGAUUCAAUCUGGGGAAAAGAUAAGUCAAAGUUUGAUGAUGUAUGUUAUUCGUUUUUGCCUACCAUCAACCGAUCAUUUUCUUAAAAAGCUAUUGCUUCAUUUUUGGGAAGUAUUGCCAAAGACAAAUCAAGACGGAAAAUUAUUGCAAGAAAUGAUUCUCGUCUGUGAUGCUUAUCGUAAAGAUUUGUUACAUCCAAAUGAAUAUUUUCCUUUGCAAAUUGCGUGAACCUGAACUUUUGGAAC